GGGUAAAUCGGGCGCCAUUUUCUCUUUCUGGCUGUGGAUGAGGAGUGGGUACAGGCGGGGCUGUGGCUCCCGGGCGCUGCAUUUAGAGGCUGAGUUGCACGCAGCCCCGGCGAUGCCGGUGUCGCCGCCGCCGCCUUCGCGGUGCACGGAGUGAGCGCGGCAGCCAGUAGAAGGUGGGAGCGGUGGCGGUGGUGCCGGUGCCGAUCGCGGAGGAGGAGGAGCCGCGAGGUGCCGGGCACGGCGCGGCUGUGGGGACCGUAGUGCGGCCCCGCGAACCGCAGCGUGGGCCGCCGGCCCGGCGGGAGCGGCGGGGAGGCGGCGGCGAGGCGGGCUCCCCCUGCAGCCCGGACGGGUUCUGACCCACGCCACUGGUGGUAUCAGAAUGUCUUCCAGACUUCUUGUCAAUAAAAAAGAUUAGAAAACAAGACUAGCAUCUGUCCAAUGGGGCUCACUCUCCAUUUUUCUCUACACACCUUUCCUUUGCGGGGAGAAGAAGAGGAGAAUAGCAUGAAAAGUGCAAAAUGUUUCAAAUUCCUGUUCAAAAUCUUGAUAAUAUCAGGAAGGCUCGCAAAAGGGUGAAAGGCAUUCUUGUGGAACUUGGGCUUGACAGCUGCAGGGAAUUGUUGAAGAACCUUAAAAGUUUUGACCCAGGUGAAAAAUACUUCUGCAACACUUCGUGGAGUGAUGUCUCUCCCUGGGAGUCUGUGGGCAAAAGGAAGAGAUACAGAACAAAGCCGUACUGCUGUAGUUUAUGCAAGUUCUCAUCAAAAUUACUUACUUCAUUGAGGAAUCAUUUGCACCGUUACCAUGAAGAUGAAAUGGAUCAAGAGCUUGUAGUACCUUGCCCAAAAUGUGUGUUUGCUUCUGAGCCAAAAGUAGUGGGAAAACAUAUCCGAAUGUUUCAUUCGUCUAAUAAGAGAAUACAGAACUAUACAGUUAGCAUCUUGGAUGGCAUGAAACAAUUCAGGAGUGACAUCAUUAAUUUUACAUGUCUAAAAUGUAACUUUACAGACACAUUAUAUUAUAACAUGAAGAAACACGUGCUGAUGAACCAUUUUCAAAACUUAAUAAGUACAUAUUUUGGCCAGAGACCUGAUGAAAGUAAAGAGAAUUCUAUUGAGAACUACUGUAAAAAAUGUAAUGCUUCUGCAAACAGCCAAGAUUCUUUAAUGUAUCAUGUCUUGACAGCUGAAACACACAGAGACCUGGAGAACAAACUUCGGUCUGUAAUUUCAGAGCAUAUUAAGAAACCAGGACUUGUAAAACAAAUGCAGAUUGCUCCAAAGCUUCCCCAAAGCAUACCUGUAACUGCUCCAUCUUUAGGUCCUCCUGUGGCCCCAGGAGGUUCCAUCUCAGCUCCAGCUUGUAUCCAACUUGCAUUCCCACAGAAUAAUCACAACCAGACUGUGGUGCAGCCAAAAGUUCAGAAUACAGUCACAUCACUGACUGUCCCAAGUGCCUCUUGUAGUGUUCCACAUACAACUUCUGCUCCACUUGUUACCCCAUCACAUGUUACUCUUGUAUCCAGUCACCUUCCUGUAGGUCAGAAUAAUGUUAAUAUUCAGCCAUCUCCUUCUCAACCUCUCAUUGUUUCCCACAGGCUUCCUCUUAAUCAGCCUGUCACAGCUGGGGCUGUUCCUCUGAAUCAUUCAGUUGGGACCCUAAAUAGAACCGUGGCCCCUGCAGUUCUUCCUGUUAAUCAACCAGUCAGGCCUGGACUCUUUCCUGUUAAUCAGUCUGGUACUGUAAAUAGUCCAGUUGCAGCUGCAACAUUACCUGUCGCUCAGCCUGUCAGCCCUGUCAAUCAACCACUUGCACCAGGAGUUCUCUCAGUUAACCAUUCGGCUGAGAGUGUGAACAGACCCGUUGGUCCCACAGUCCUUCCUGUGGCUCAGACAGUUGCUUCAGGAGUUGUACAGCUUAAUCAGUCUGCUGUGUCUGGAGUUGUUCCUGUCAGACCGCCUGUCAGACCUGGCUUUCUUCAGCUUAAUCAGCCGGUAGCCCCAGCAGUGAUCCCAGUAAAUCAGUCAGUUAGAUCUGCAGUUUCUCAAAACGCAACUUUUUUGGCUGUAGGUUCUAUACUUAGGCAGUUGAUUCCAACUGGGAAGCAGUUUAAUGGAAUACCUACCUACAUGCUUGCUCCAGUUUCAGUUACUUUGCCUGUACCUCCUGGUGGUGGAGUAACCGUGGGAACUCCACCGCAAGUGCCUAUCCAGCUAAUGCAGUCUGGGACAGUAACUCAGUUAUCUCAGUCACCAGCUGGUGCACCCUCUCCUCCAAUGGUUUUAACAACUCAGGGUAUAUCGUUACAAGCUUCCCCACCUGAUUCUGAAACAAGUCAGACCCUUGAAAAGGCGAAGCAAUGGAAGAUCUGCCCUGUUUGCAAUGAGCUUUUUCCAUCAAACGUCUAUGAGGUGCAUAUGGAGGUGGCCCACAAACAUAGUGAAGUAAAAGUAGAGGAUGCCCAGGAACCUGACAAACUUGCAGCUUGUGCACCGUUUCUAAGGUGGAUGACAGAGAAGACGGUUCGAUGUUUCUCUUGUAAAUGCUUUCUCUGUGAGGAAGAGCUCAUGAAACAUCUCCUGAUGCACGGCUUAGCUUGCUUGUUUUGCACAGUUACUUUCCACGACUUAAAAAGCCUUGCGGAACACAACAAAUCUACACACAGUGGCAAAAAGCAGUUACAUGCAGAUUACAGCAACAGAGGAUUUCAGUUAGGUGAUGAGGCUCAGGGUGACCUGGUGUUUCCACACUUUGAUUUCAGUACAGUGUUACCAGAAGAAGACAUUGGUGAAAGAGAAGUACACUUGGCGGUGCUCGCUGGAGUAAAUUCAAGGACGCUCGUCCCCAUUUACAUCAAAGUGAAACCUCAGGCAGCAGAAUUGAACAAUGGAUGCAACAAAGUGUUCACCUGUCCGUUUUGUUUCAGUUUGUUUAUUAGUCAAGAAACCUAUGAAAUGCAUUUGAAAGAGAGGCAUCAUGUUAUGCCAACUGUACAUACAAUUUUAAAGUCUCCAGCUUUCAAGUGCAUCCACUGUUGUGGCGUGUACACUGGAAACAUGACUCUAACAGCUAUUGCUGUGCAUCUGCUCCGUUGUAGAAGUGCUCCCAAAAACAGCAACUCAAGUGUGAAGAUGCAGCUUGAGCGUUCUGAGAAGAAAGAGCUACUGUUUGUGAAUGGUGAAAAGCAUGAUUCUGUAAUUAAGAGGAAGCAGUCUGAUACCUGCUUUGUUGCAGAAGACCAAAAGAAUAAGGAACAGCAGCCACUAAGCUUAAGUACCGGACUAGCUCUGUAUCCAGAAGAUGAAUUGUAUUCAGGGCUAGUGCCUUUCAAACGACAAAAGAUUAGUAUUAGGACUGAGAUAAAGAAAAUUUCGAGUGAGGAUCUUCGUGUUCUAGCAGUAGAUCCCAGACAAUAUGAUCACAGUUCGUAUGAAAUUCAAAAACAGUUUCUGACAGACUAUUUUCAUGUGAGGCCAUAUCCUUCAAAAAAAGAGAUGCAGUUAUUGUCCACGCUGCUGUAUGCUUGGAAAAUUGAUGUUGCAUCAUUCUUUGGAAAAAGGAGAAAUAUAUGCUUAAAGGCAAUAAAUAGUCACAAACCAUCUGUGCUGCUGGGUUUCAGUAUGUCAGAACUAAAAAAUGUUAAGCACAAAUUGAAUAUAAAAGAUGAACCAUUAGAUAUGUAAAAAAAAGCCUUUUAGAACAUCUAAAAGCAAUCAAUAAUUGCAAACUUGUGAAUGUUGCAAUUUAUUAUGAUUGAAUUUAACUUGCAGACUGGCCUGUUGGAGGACUGUGGUAAUAUAAAAACUUUCAGUUGUGACUGUUAUUGUGAAAGGUACACAGUUGUGUAUUUGAAACAGCUAAAACUUUGUGAUUUACACUUCUGGACUUUGUUUUAGCUUUUUACUUUUUCUAGAGUAGUAAUUUUUUGUUGGUUUUGUUUCCCUUUUCCCCUCCUCCAGGCUCCCAAUAGAUUUUUUAUACCAUUAUGUAAAAUGUUUGUGCUGUUAAAUACAAAUUUUAUUUUAUUUUUCUGCAAUGUCAUCAUGUUUUCUAAACAAUAAAAUGUAUAAUGUUGUUUAAAAU